AUGGCCCCUUGCAAGCGGACUCGGUCUUCUGCCGGGCUGGCUUUGCUCCUGGGAUCUCUUGGCCUGGGCCACCUCGCAGGCUUCGUGUCUGCGCCUUCAGGGAAGAGCACAUCUCCGAGGGCGCCGCGUGCGGCCACGGAGACUGCGGAGCCGAAGCUCUCCGAAGGGAUGAGCCCUGUCCUCACAUACCUCGGCAUAAAUUCGAUGAGCCUGGAGAUUGGCGAGCAGCGCCUGUUGAUAGAUCCACUGCUCGUUGGCAGCCUCGUCUUUUUCGGCCAGCGCUGGGCCUUCCGGGGUCGCUCCCGGGCAGAAGCUCUCCCAAAGCCCGAGGACGUUGCAGAAAGCUUUGAUGCCAUUGUGCUGACGCAAGGCCUGGACGACCACACGCACCGGCCGACUUUGGAGCGGGUGGACCGGAGGAUGCCCAUCAUCGCCAAUCCCAGUGCUGCCUCCGUGGUAAAGGCCAUGGGCUUCCAAGAUGUUUCCGUGUUGCGGCCGGACGAGUCUCGCUCGUGGGGGUCCCUGCGACUCACAGCAGUGCCCGGAAGCGUGGUUGGGCCGCCGUGGCAGGAUCCUGAAAACGGAUAUGUGUUUACCGACACGCGGCCCGGUGGCCUCUCUGUAG